GUCGUAAGAGAAGUCGUCAAAGUUCUCGGUAUCCUUGGAGCUCUGGAUCCAUAUAGGCGAAAGGAAGUCGCGAAUGAAACACCACUUUCUGCUGUCAAUGCUGUCGCCAUUUCUCAAACAGGGUCAUUGAUGGGUAGCGACAACUACUACCAGACCGUUGUGAUCACGUCUCUUCUGGCUGUUUUGAAGGAUCAGUCACUCAGCAAUCACCACCACACCAUCAUCGAAGCAAUUAUGAACAUUUUCAGGAUGCAAGGGUUGAAAUGUGUGGCCUUCCUACCGCAGAUCAUUCCUGCCUUUACUGCAGUGGCCCGCACCUCCACAGCCCGUUUGCAAGAAUUUCACCUGCAGCAAUUGGCUAUCCUAGUCGGGAUAAUUAAGCAACAUAUCCGCAAUUAUAUGCCAGAGGUCUUUAGCCUUGUGACAGAG